AUGCUUGCCCCAGCUGAGAUUGACAAGAUCUCCAAGGACCUCAAAGACGAAGUGGAGGGCAGCCACCAGAAACGCGGGCGAAAGCCCAAACAAGGUCAAGAAGGUGCUGAAGAAAAGAAGGAGUCCGCUUUGAAGAAGUUGACACUACAGAAUGAUGACAAGACAAAGGCAAAAGAAAAGGCAAAGACUUCCAAAGGAAAGAAAAAGCCUGCAAAGGAAGAUGACGAAGAAAAUGCUCUGGAUUCAGAGGAAGAUCUUUCGUCAGGUUGUCCUGACAAGUCUGACUCUGAGGAUACCAUGUGUCUCGAUGGUGACAAGGUGAAACAUCGCAACCCUCCAGCGCCAAGAUCAACCCAAAAAGAUGUGAAGGACACCGUGAAGAAAGGCAAAGCAGAAGGAAAAGAAAAGACAGAGAAGCAUGUGACAGGAGCUGAGGGAAAGGGCGCUACGACCAGCAGUGCCAGCGCUGCCACCAGGCUUCGUGACUUUUUGAAGAAGGGUGAGAAGAAGGAUAAAGAGCCGAGGAAUAAGAAGGAGGCAAAGGCGAAAGCAAAAGCGAAAGCGAAAGGAAGAGCCACAAAGAAGGAAGCAGACAAGAAGGAAAAUGAGACUGAGGAUGAAAGCGAGGAUUCGGAUGAAAAGCCAUGCAGGCCAAGAAAGUCGGGAAAGGCAAAGAGUGCUGUGAAGCCAAAGGCGCGGAAGGCAGAGAAGAAGACAAAGGAAGAAGAUCAAGUGGAUGACCUCACAGAAAGCUCUGAGGAAGAAAAGGUGGUGAAGAAGGUGAAGAAGGCAAGCGAAGCAAAGAAGGACAACCAGAGGAAAAAUGCAAGAGAAGCAGAGCCAAAAACCAAAAACUUGCAAGUGAAGAAGACGAGCCAUGCAAAGAAUGCAGAUCCGAAGGAGGAGGAAGAAGGAGAACCAAACAAGAGACGAGUGGAGAAGAAGACAGAUGGCAACAAACUAGAGGGGUCUGCAAAGCUUCGCAAGCUGCUGGAAGAGACACCUGCCAAGCCAAGAGUCAGACAAGAGCCAAAAAAGAAGACAAAGGCGAAGAAGCCAGAACCUUCCGAAGAUUGUCCAAGCGAGAGCGACGAGGAUGAGGAUGAAGAGGAAGAAAAUCCCACAGUGGCAGAUCGAAAAAAGAGUCAGAAGAAAGAUGAUGAUGAUGAUGAUGAUGGGCCGGAAGGUUCUGCUGAACAUGGGCGCAAGCGCAAGGCAAAGGCACCCCGACGACAGCCUGCACUCAGAAGCUCCAGGAACCACCCAAUGGCAAAGAGGGCAGAAAAGACAAAGACCACCAAGGGAAGAACAAACAAGAAGGCAGAGCAGCAGCAUAGUGAUGAAGCAAGCAUAGAUGAGGAUCUGACCACAGGUGAAGAUGAUGAAGAACGACGAGAAGAUGCUGAAGAAUCAUCGAAGCGAAAGAAGAUUUGCACAGACAAGAAGGCAGAUCACAUGGAGGAUGGAGAAGAGUCCGAAGAGCCGAACACGGCGACAAGCCGAGCAAAGAAGGCAGAUCAGAAGGAGGAUUCAGAAGAGUCUGACAGAGAAGAGCCGAAGAUGACGACAAGCCGAUCAAAGAAAGGAGAUCAAAAGGAGGAUGAAGAAGAGUCUGACAGAGAAGAGCCGAAGAUGACGACAAGCCGAUCAAAGAAAGGAGAUCAAAAGGAGGAUGAAGAAGAGUCUGAGGGAGAAGAGCCGGAAUCAACGAAGAUGAAAACUGAUGAAGAUCAGAAGGAGGAUGCAGAUCAACAGGAGGAUGACUCAGAGUCUGAAGGAGGAGACGAAGAGGAGGAGGAGGAGGACGAAGAGUCUGACAGUGACGAGAGUGAAGAGCCGACGAUGAAGAAACGCAAGCCCCAGAAAAGACCCAGAGAGACGGCGAUGACUGAAGGAAAGAAACCUGCUGAGAAGAAAAAGAAGACCGAGGAUAAGAGCAAGCCUGAGGACCAUGUGAUCAAAGAGGGGCCAACUUUGAAAGAUGAGUUUCACAAGUACUUGAAAGAAAUCAUGGCUGACUUGCGGGAGAAGAACCCAGAUUGGACUGGACGACAAGUUCUCGCAGAAGCCAGGUGGAAGACGCAUCCCGUGCGCUUGAACAGCAUCAAGAACAUGAAUGCCUCGGAACGUUCACGUCGCAGGGUGACCAAAGCUGACAUUGCAGUCGCCGAAGCAACAACAUAG